AUGGCGGGUGAAGUUCGACAACCGAUUGACAUCCCUUCCUUUGAACGUUAUAUCGACGCCCACGUCCCUUCCAUCAAGACGCCAUUGACGGUUAAGCAGUUUGGAUUCGGGCAAUCGAACCCAACGUACCAGCUGAUAUCGGCGGACGGUCAGAAAUAUGUGCUCCGCAAGAAACCACCGGGCAAGCUGCUGUCAAAGACCGCCCAUCGGGUGGAGCGAGAGUACCAGAUCAUACAUGCCCUCGAACAGACGGAUGUGCCCGUGCCCAAAGCCAUCUGCCUCUGCGAGGAUGACUCGGUGAUCGGGACACCGUUCUACAUCAUGGAGUUCCUGGACGGGAGGAUAUUCGUAGACCCGUCGAUGCCCGAAGUUGGACCGGAGGAGCGACGACAGCUAUGGAAGGCAGCGGUGCAGACGCUUGCCAAGUUCCACCGGGUCGACCCCAAAGCCAUCGGAAUGGAGAAGUUCGGACGCUCCGGCGGCUUCUACGACCGCCAGAUCGCGACCUUCAAGUCCAUCCACCGAGCGCAGGCACAGACGGCCGACGUCGACACGGGCGUGCCCGUCGGCGACCUGCCGCACUUCGACGAGCUGACCAACUUCUUCUCGACCAAGGCCGAGCAGCCCGUCGACCGGUCGACCUUUGUCCACGGCGACUACAAGAUCGACAACAUGGUCUUCCACAGGACGGAGGCACGAGUGAUCGGGGUGCUGGACUGGGAGAUGGCGACCGUCGGCCACCCGCUGUCUGACCUCUGCAACCUGACGGGCCCCUAUGCGAACAUCGAGGGCGGCCCGGCCGAGACGAGGUUCAAUGCAGCGUGUACGGACGGACUGCCGACGAGGGAGGAGUGCGUGAGGUGGUACGGGGAGGUGGCCGGGUGGGAUCCUACGAAGGAGUUGGGAUGGGGAGAUGCGUUCCAUGCCUUCCGGGGCUCGAUCAUCAUGCAAGGGAUCGCGGCUCGCUAUGCGCUCAGACAGGCCAGCAGCGCGAGGGCAAAGGAGUAUGCGAGUCUCAUGAGCCCCCUCGCACAGAAGGCAUGGGAGAAGGUGCUUCAGCUCAAACAGAGCAGCAAACUGUGA